CCUUGAAAUCUUUACAACUGCCACCACCUAUUAAACAGCAAGGCACGGCCAACCCAUCUCUAACGACAAUUCAUACUUCUUUCCGGUUUGGUCCCUUGGUUCCAAUUUCCUUUUCCAAUCCCAUUUCGUGUUUGAUUUUCUUUUGCUUCAAAAAUUCUUUUAUUUUAUUUGAUUGGUAUCGUCUAUAGGAGAUUAAAAAGAAUACCACCUUGUAUUUUCCGAAAAAGAAAAUAUUUAGGGGGUCUGAGAAAAUUUAGGGUGUGGGCGCUGAAGCUAAACUAAAUAUCUAUUUACUUGGGGUGGGGAGAUCUCAUUGGUGUUGUGGGAUUUUUGGGGGCUUGAUCUGUGAACCCCAAGAGCCAAAUUUUCUGUGAUAGAUAUUAAUUUUGCCAAAAAUAGUAGUAGAUACUAUAUCGUAUUUAUAUUGAAGGAGAGGGAAGUGGAGAAAUAUGUGGAGUUUAUCCAAAAUUUGGGAAAAAGUUUGUAAGGUGGCGGAAGGGGGAUCUCAUUAUUGUUCCAAGAAGAGCGAUGAUAACUGCGGUGGUGCCAGUGACGAGGACUCUGGUCGGGCUUUGAGCAUGACAAGACUAAAAUGUAUCUUGCGUGGGCUGGAUUUGAAGACCUAUAUCUUUCUAUUAAUUUUAGUCCCGACAUGCGUCUUUUUUAUAUAUGUACAUGGUCAGAAGAUCACAUACUUUCUACGGCCAUUGUGGGAAAAACCUCCUCAACCUUUCCAUGAAAUCCCUCAUUAUUACCACGAAAAUGUAUCGAUGGAGAAUCUAUGUAGACUUCAUGGUUGGGGAAUCCGAGAGUACCCAAGGCGUGUCUUUGAUGCAGUUCUGUUCAGUAAUGAGAUUGAUCUCCUAACUGUUCGAUGGAAGGAACUUUACCCUUAUGUAACAGAAUUUGUCCUGCUUGAGUCGAAUUCAACGUUCACGGGAUUACCAAAGCCUUUGGUCUUUAAUAGUAAUCGUGAGCAGUUUAAGUUUGUUGAAUCACGAUUGACUUAUGGGCAAAUUCCAGGGAGAUUUAGAAAAGGAGAAAAUCCAUUUAUUGAAGAGGCAUAUCAGCGACUGGCAUUAGAUUAUCUUCUCAAAAAGGCUGGUAUUCAGGAUGAUGACUUGUUAAUAAUGUCAGAUGUUGAUGAGAUACCAAGCAGACACACCAUCAAUCUUUUGAGAUGGUGCGAUGACAUACCUCAAGUCCUUCACCUUCGACUGAAAAAUUAUCUGUACUCAUUUGAGUUUUUUGUGGAUAACAAUAGCUGGAGAGCUUCAAUCCAUAGAUACCAAUUUGGAAAGACAAGGUAUGCGCAUUAUCGCCAAGCUGAAGUAAUCCUGGCUGAUGCUGGUUGGCACUGCAGCUUUUGCUUCCGCCAUAUAAGCGAGUUCAUAUUCAAGAUGAAGGCUUAUAGCCACUUUGACAGGGUGAGAUUCUCGCAUUUUCUUAACCCUAAAAGAGUGCAGAGAGUUAUCUGCAAAGGGGCUGACCUAUUUGACAUGCUUCCUGAAGAGUACACAUUCAAGGAAAUUAUAGGGAAGAUGGGACCUAUACCCCAUUCUUACUCAGCUGUCCAUUUGCCGGCUUAUCUUUUGGAGAGUGCUGACAAGUACAGAUUUCUUUUGCCUGGGAAUUGCAUGAGGGAAAGUGGCUGAUUUGAAUGGAUGACUUGAAUGUCAUUCCUGUAAAGGGUUUUUGGAUGCAGCUAGGUGGCACCUCAUGGAUAGUUUUAUUUGACAAUUCAUGAUUGGGAGUGUGUCACUGUUGGGAUCAUGCUACCAUGCCGAGCAAUUUGCAUCAUUCUUUAGAAAUGUUUGAGAGAGUCGAUGAAUGCUUGGAUUCCUAGGAGAAACUUUGUAUAUAACUUUUUUUGAAAUCAGUUUUCAUGGAGAAUGGACUCAUCUGUUUUACAAUGUUGGGAAUGUGGUGUGAUGGAGAGCGGCCUUUUAGCGUGAGGCUCAUGUAUCACUUUUGUACUGAUAUGGUAUAACCCCAUAAUAUGUGCCCAGAAGAUGUAUGGUUUCUGGGCUUUCCUGAUGUUAGGAAAUUUUGAUUGCAGACUAAUUUAUUCAUAUAUUUUUCUACUA